AUGUUUCUUUUGUUGCAUGGUCUACCACACUUCGGAAAGUACCGUAAAAGCCGUUCUGAACUCGAAAAGAGCGCUCUCAAAAGGAAUGACCACGUAUCGGUUAAAUGUCUGUUUGCUACACGACCGGAUACAGCCACUGGAGAUAUCCCUACAGUACAGGAUGUUGUUGGCGCUGGACUUUUUCGAAUUGGACCUUAUGUUAGUCUUGAUAAUAAGCAGCAAAAAGUUGCCAUCAUCGACGAUGACAUGUGCAUCAACUGUGGGAAAUGUUACAUGACGUGCAAUGAUUCGGGAUAUCAAGCUAUUUCUUUCAAUAAAGUAUCCCAUCAACCAAAAGUUAUCGAUGAUGAUUGUACUGGAUGUGCACUAUGCUACAGUGUGUGCCCGAUCCCAGAGUGCAUACAAAUGGUCCCUCGUCCAGGGCCAUGGAAGGCUCCAAAACGUGGCAUCCCACCCAAAUUCGAGCCGGGAACAUCGAAAGCUAUGAAAGUUGGUGCACAUGGAGAUCCAGUCGUACAUGGAAACUGA